AUAAUCAGGGGGCAGAGAGUGGGAGUCUGGGGGGCAGACCGCCUGACUCUGACUCUCCUGCCUGUGACUGUGACUAGAUAUUUCGUUUGUGUGGGCCUCAGUACCCUUGUCGGUAACAUGGGGGAAAUGAUGCCGUUUAAUUGAGUCUGUUCAGGCUAUCAAAACAAAAACCACAGACUGGGGGGCUUAAACACCAGAAAUGUAUUUCUCACAGUCCUGGAGGUUGGGAAGUCCAAGAUCAAGAUGCUGGCCAAUUCAGUUCCUGGUGAGAGCUCUCUUCCUGGCUUACACAAGGCCACCUUCUCGCUAUGUCCUCACGUGUCCUUUCCUUCUUGCACACACACAUUCAGCCCAUAACACAUUUCUAGGCAGUUAUGAGGCUUAGCUUAAGCGGUACACGUAAAAUUCUUAGGAUGAUACCGGCCCGUGGUAAACUUGCAAGGAAUGUUGUCCAAAUGAGCACCGUAAAGGAAAUUCAAGGGGUGGGGGGUAUAGAGAGUGAUCAGCAGGGGUGCAGAUGGCAUUAAGAAAGGUGUUCAGGAACGCCCUCUGAGGUGACAGGGAGCUGAGAGUGAAAUCAAGGAGACAGCUGCACAGAUAUCCUUGGGGAUAGUGGUUCCGGUGGAGGUAAGUGCUAGUGCAAAGACCUUGAAGUGGGAAGGAAUUUAGCUCUCAGAGGAAAAGAAAGGGAGCCUAGGAGCCAGGGAAGAGGGGUGGGAAGUGAAAUGGGCAGGAGUUAGGUGGUUCAGGGCCUUGUUGACCAUGAAAAAGAUAUUGGUCUUUGUCGUAGGAGCAGUGGAAAGUGUCAUGAUUUGGCUGGUAAGCCUUAAGUAAAUGAAGACUCGUAGACAAAGAGCCCAGCCAGAGAUCUGAAGAUGUGGGUUUAAGUCUGGGCUCCUUGACCAGCUGUGUGCCCUUGUGCAUGUUGUCCCCCUUAUGGGGGCUUAAUCUCCACACCUGAAAACAAGGUAUAGUAAGAACGCUUCUCGCCUAGAAGCUGUGACGAUGUAUGGGCGUGUCUUUCGUUCUUAAAUGCUGAGUGUUGGUUGGAGUGACACAGAGCAUGUCCACGGUACAGAUUUUGAGUUGUGCCCCUCACUCCCCAGAUUGUUAUUUUCAUAUAGGGGGUGCCCAGACCUGAUGUGGAGAAUUGGGUGGACACGUCCUCAGUCAGGUGUGAAGCGAGGAGCUAAUGGUGGGAUUUGAGGCAGGGGCCUAGCCUGCCUGGCCCUCUGUUCUGUGGAUUGUGUGUGUCGGGGUGGGGGACUGAGGCAGGCUCCAGGCCGAGGGUGCUGACUCUAAAGAUGCAGCCCCUGCCACUCACCCCAGGGGCUUCCCUGUCCUCCCGGGGUCAUAACUUAGAAGCCACCCAUCCCUGGGGCGUACAGAUAAGGAAACAGUCUUAGAAUAGAGGAGGGAUCUCAGGCUUCCUACCUCCCAGCCUCGGCUCUGGGCACACCAGGCUCCCCACUCCCCUUCUCUGUGGCAAAGCCUCAACCCCCCCCCCCAGGCCACCCCCAGCAGCAAAGCUGCCCAGCUCCUUAAGUGGAUCUGCCGUAAUCCUCUUCCCUUCAUCCUCCAGGGAGGAUGAGCCGGUGUUAGGACUAAUGCAGCUGUUAAUCCUAUUUCCUUCCAGCCAUGAUCCCCAGGAACAGCUGUGUGGAGGGUGUCUGGGCUCUGAACCGGGAAAGAAGGGGCCUCCGCUAAAAUGGGUGUCCCGGGAGCCAGGCUAGAUCAGACACAUUGAUUAUGACUCAGAGGCUUCUAACUGCUAGCAAGCUGCCUUGAGAGUAACUGAACUUUCCAUGGUCAGAACUAGAACUAUGGGAACAGGAGCCCAACAGCGAUUCCAGAGCAGAAGGCAGACCGGGAUUCCUGUCUGGGGUGGAGUCCCUCACUUGUGCAGGGCCAGAAUUCUGCAUGGACAGUUGCUGUGUCUGAAAGCUAACCAACCAGAGGGGAAAAUAAAACACAUGUGCUGGGGAACUAUCACUUCCAGACAGGCGGUGCCAAUCACCACCUUAGCCCACUGGUUCUGCUAUCUUCCGGACCCACCUCUGUCUUCACUGGGCACUUGGAGACCUUCAGACCAGACCCACAGCUGGGUAGCCUAUGUCUGCAGCCCUGCAUUCUGGCACAGGCUGACUUGAAGAAAGAAGAUAUGAGAUGGAUAGAACCAGUGCCACCAGAGAAGCUUUGCCCAUCAAGGCCAUGGAGGUGGACGCUGUGGAGGCCCGGUCCCAAGGCCCCGGCUAUAAGCGCUCCGGCCGGCGUUACAAGUGCCUGUCCUGUACCAAGACGUUUCCAAAUGCGCCCAGGGCAGCGCGCCACGCUGCCACUCACGGGCCUGUAGACUGCACAGAGGAGGCGGCAGAGGUGAAGCUGAAGCCAGAGGCAGAACCCAAUGCAGAAGAUGCCGGCGGGGACAAGGUGUCAGGUGCAGCAGCUAAGCCUCGGCCCUAUGCGUGCCCGCUGUGCCCCAAAGCCUACAAAACGGCCCCCGAGCUGCGUAGUCACGGUCGCAGCCACACGGGUGAGAAGCCCUUCCCUUGCCCCGAGUGCGGCCGCCGCUUCAUGCAGCCGGUGUGCCUGCGUGUGCACCUGGCCUCGCACGCUGGCGAGCUGCCGUUCCGCUGCACGCACUGCCCCAAGGCCUAUGGCGCGCUCUCCAAGCUAAAGAUCCACCAACGCGGCCACACCGGCGAGCGGCCCUACGCCUGCGCCGACUGCGGCAAGAGCUUUGCCGACCCGUCAGUGUUCCGCAAGCACCGGCGCACACACGCCGGCCUGCGUCCGUAUGGCUGCGAGCGCUGUGGCAAGGCCUAUGCAGAGCUCAAGGACCUGCGCAACCACGAGCGGUCCCACACCGGUGAGCGGCCCUUUCUCUGCUCAGAGUGCGGGAAGAGCUUCUCCCGCUCAUCCUCGCUCACCUGCCACCAGCGCAUCCAUGCAGCGCAGAAGCCCUAUCGCUGCCCGGCCUGUGGCAAGGGCUUCACGCAGCUCAGCUCCUACCAGAGCCACGAGCGCACUCACUCCGGCGAGAAGCCCUUCCUGUGCCCGCGCUGCGGCCGCAUGUUCUCGGACCCCUCAAGUUUCCGGCGCCACCAGCGAGCGCACGAGGGCGUAAAGCCUUACCGUUGCGAGAAGUGUGGCAAGGACUUCCGGCAGCCUGCGGACUUGGCGAUGCAUCGGCGGGUGCACACCGGCGACCGGCCGUUUAAAUGCCUGCAGUGUGACAAGACGUUCGUGGCCUCCUGGGACCUCAAGCGGCACGCGUUGGUGCACUCAGGCCAGCGGCCCUUCCGCUGUGAGGAGUGCGGGCGAGCGUUUGCCGAGAGGGCCAGUCUCACGAAGCACAGCCGGGUGCACUCCGGGGAGCGCCCCUUCCAUUGCAACGCCUGUGGCAAGUCCUUUGUGGUGUCGUCCAGCCUGAGGAAGCACGAGCGGACCCAUCGAAGUAGCGAGGCCGCAGGGGCCCCCCCACAACAGGAGCUGGUCGUGGGGCUGGCACUGCCCGUCAGUGUGGCUGGCGAGGGCUCGGAGGCCCCAGCAGCAGGGGCGGGGUUAGGGGACCCUCCACCAGGGCUGCUGGGGCUGCCCCCAGAAUCAGGCGGGGUGAUGGCCACCCAGUGGCAAGUGGUGGGCAUGACGGUGGAGCAUGUAGAGUGCCAAGAUGCUGGCGUUGGGGAGGCUCCUGGUCCCUUGGGGGGCGCAGGCGAGGUGGGGGCUGAGGAGGUAGACGAGAAGCCCCCGCAGUUCGUGUGCCGGGAGUGCAAGGAGCUGUUCUGCACGCCGACGUUGCUGCGACGGCACGAGCGCUCACACCCAGAGCUGCGGCCCUUUCCCUGCACCCAGUGCGGCAAGAGUUUCUCAGACCGGGCUGGGCUGCGCAAGCACAGCCGCACACACAGCGCUGAGCGCCCCUACACCUGCCCCCACUGCCCCAAGGCCUUUCUGAGUGCCAGCGACCUGCGCAAGCACGAACGCACCCACCCUGUGCCCAUUGGGACCCCCACGCCCCUCGAGCCCCUCGUGGCUUUGCUAGGAAUGCCUGAAGAGGGGCCAGCCUGAGGCCCAUGCCACUUCCUGGGCACUCCUGGGAGCCCAGCCCCCACAGGGUGCCUCCCGAAUCUCCCUUUGCCCAGCUUACUCUUUAGACCAGAUCCCUGCUCUCCCGGCAGCCAGCUCACCUUCCCAACAAAGAUCUGGGGACAGUGGAGGCUGGCCCCCUGCUGGUGAGAGUCAUGGCUCUCUCUGAGUGACACUAUUAAAACAUUCACUUUGA